ACAUGAGUACCAUGCGGCUUAUCGCAAAGAGUGUGCUGUGGCGCGUCUCGCAGGCCUCACGGUUCAAUCACUCUCUAUCCCGCCUGUCAUUGAUUCCAGCAACCUCGCUGGCAGGUCGGAGUUUCCACUCCAGCGCAUCGCAAUGCACCGAUGGUGUCUUUCGCGAGCUCACGUCCGCGCGAGUCCACACGCCCUGGAUAGAAGCAUUCCGGGAGCGAGAAGCAGGGGGAAAGCAGGCUGCUGAGCCUUCUGGAAAACCAGAAGUUCCCAAAGACCGCGACCUGUCUCCAAAACAUAUGAGUGACAGCUAUCAUUCGGUAGUACUGCCUCUUGCGCAAGACCCUUGGCUCCUCGACACUUACUUGAACGCUUCUGGACAUAUACGUCUCGGCACAAUCUUCAUGGAUCUUGACGCUCUCUCUGGCGUUAUUGCGUACAAACAUACUGGAGACGGCGUGACUACGGUUACCGCAAGCUGCGAUCGCAUAACUAUCCACAAUCCGCUCACCGAGAUAUGCGACCUUCAGCUAUCUGGGCAAGUCACCUACGCAACUGGCAGAAGCAGCUUGGAGAUCACAAUGCAAGUUGCGAAAGCGCCGAAGAAGGGUGAAGAUGUCAAAGAAGAGGACAAACUUAUCAAUUGUACCUUCACCAUGGUGUCAUUAGAUCCAGGCACAAAAAAGCCUGUAAAUGUGAACUCCCUCAUCACGGAGACAUCGGAGGAGAAGCGAUUGUAUGCUCUAGGCGAACGAAACUCGAAAAUCAGGAAAGAACGACGAGAUACUUCUCUACUCAAGCACACACCGAACGAUCUUGAGAGCGACCUCAUUCAUGCGUUUUGGCAGAAACAGAUUCAGUAUCAUGAUCCGUACGACGAUCUGAGAAAGCCAGAUAACGUCGUUUUCAUGGACGCUACUCGCCUCCAGACCGCGACAAUCAUGCAACCCCAGUACAGAAACCGUCACCAGUUCAUGAUCUUUGGUGGCUUCCUCCUAAAACAGACUUUUGAACUCGCAUUCACGACUGCUGCAGCCUUUGCGCACGCUCGUCCUACCUUCGUCUCGCUCGACCCGAGUACCUUCCAAAAUCCUGUGCCGGUAGGGAGCAUUUUGUAUCUGACAGCGACAGUAGUAUUCACAGAUCCGCCGUUGAUCGCAGCACCUGAUGAAAAUGUUGAAACAAGCAGCGAGUAUACAAGAGUGCAGAUACGGGUUGAUUCAAAAGUACGGGAUGUGGAUCAUGGUUAUUCCAAGCCAACCGGGCAGUUCAACUACACGUUCACGGUACCGAAAACCAUCAGGGUGAUGCCACGGACAUAUCAGGAGUUCAUGAUGUAUAUCGACGCUCGCCGACGAGCAGAACAAGUCAGGCGGACACUAGAAGAAGGCUACGGUGUUAGCCCUAAGACCGCGGAAGAGAGCCUCACGGAAUAAGGUGUGCAUCCAACAACUAAAGUCGGGGAGGGAUAAGCGUUGACCAUCUAGUCUGGUAUGCCUCUAUUCCGCAGUUUUGCAAGCAGGUGCAAAGAUCUUGAGAAAAGGACAGGCUUCACACCAAAACAAGAAUAUCUCGAAGGAGUGUGGGAAUCUUCAAACAGGUACAUUGUAUUCAAUCUGGAGCUGCGAAAACAUGUCUUUGUCUAUGUCCUGUGUAACUACUUCGACCAGCUAAAUCGAUGGCGGUCAUCAGUGUAUUAGAUAUAUCGGGCUUGCAGAGAACAAAACGAUUUAAUCUACAGAGUGCGCGCAAUGUGAGGCAG